AUGGGAGGUAGUCAAGAUUACGAGCAGAGCAUUAAAAGAAGUUCUUUGAUUCAUAACGAGAACGAGAAGCAAUUGUGCAGCGAAGACAUGACGAUCUCUCAAGAAAAAAAAAUAAAUCCGGUAAUUGAUAGCUCUAGUAAGCACCAUAUCCAAAACUCCAAACCAAGAAGGGCUUUAACUGAUGUGCCAGUAAACAAUAAUCCUCUAAGCCAAAACAAGAGGCUAACAAAUACCAAGGCCGUAAAGGUACGAAGGGAAGAAGAUAUUAGGCCUAUCUUUAGCGCCGCUCAAAAGAGACAGAUAUAUAACGAUCGAACAGCAACAUCAACAGCGUCAGCAGCCGUAGCUAAAAAAGAAGGAGAAGAAGGAGAAGGAGAAUAUGAUGAUCUUUCAAUAGUAAGGAAAAAACGCAGGACUGGAGUUGAAGAAACUGGUGAAAUAGUCGGUUGGAAGGAUUUAGAUUAUGUCGAAAAAAAUGACACUGCAAUGGUAGCAGAAUACUCUACAGAAAUUUUCGAUUUUUUGUACACAAGAGAACUAGAAACCCUACCGUCUCAUAAUUACCUAUUAGAUAAAACGUCAAAGUACUAUUUAAGGCCCUCCAUGAGAGCGAUAUUAGUGGAUUGGCUAGUAGAAGUUCAUGAGAAGUUCCAGUGCUAUCCCGAAACUUUAUUCCUAUCUAUAAACUUGAUGGAUAGAUUUUUAGCCAAAAAUAAAGUUACUAUGAACAAAUUACAGUUAUUAGCAGUCACUUCGCUCUUCAUAGCGGCAAAGUUUGAGGAAGUGAAUUUGCCCAAAUUGGCCGAGUACGCUUAUAUCACUGAUGGCGCUGCUUCUAAAAAUGACAUAAAAAAUGCAGAAAUGUUCAUGCUAACUUCUUUAGAGUUCAACAUUGGUUGGCCCAAUCCACUUAAUUUUUUGAGAAGGAUCUCCAAGGCAGAUGAUUACAAUUUGGUUAACAGAAAUAUUGGUAAAUUUAUUCUAGAGUAUGCCUACUGCUGCCAUCAUUUCAUCCACUUACCUCCGUCUACCAUUAGCGCAAUGGCAAUGUAUAUAGCGAGAAGAAUGACCAAUAGAAGCAAGAACGAGCUAUGGAACAAAACACUACAACAUUACAGUGGUGGCAUCGAUCCGACGGAAGACGAAGUAUUUCAAUCCCGCUGUAUCGAUCUAGUCACUGACAUUGCCAGUUCUAAAAUUCGUUUGGAUUCAUUGGUUUUGAAAUACAAGAAGCCUAGGUAUGGCUCUGUUUAUUUCCAAGCCUUCAAUUGGUGCAAAGCUGAAAUGGAUAGUAACUUCCAAAACCUUUUCCAUUGA